CACUUCACCCCAGGGCCACACCACCGGGGCCACGGAGGCUCAACUAGGCCUUUGGAGCAAGCUGGCCAGCCCUCAGCCACCCCCCCAUAUCUGCCUUACAUUUAUAUGCUUCAAAUUAUAUAGUUUCUUGUGUUAAUGUAAACUAGCCUAGCUCUCGUAAUGCCCCUGAGGAAUUUCUUCCGGGGCAGAAGUGCCAAGUCUUUUCCUGUAAAGAUUGUAACACUCGAUGCUGAACUGGAAUUUAACUUGCCCUGGCGGGCAAAUGGGCGCGACUUGUUUGACCUGGUGGGGCGUACUAUUGGCCUUAGGGAAACAUGGUAUUUUGGUCUCCAGUAUGAAGACUCAAAAGGUGACUUUGCUUGGCUCAAAAUGGAAAGAAAGGUCCAGGACCAGGAUAUUCCUCGCCGCUCUCCCGUACCAUUUGUAUUUCUGGCUAAAUUCUACCCGGAGGAUGUGAGCGAGGAACUUGUGCAAGAGGUCACUCAACAUCUUUUCUUCCUUCAGGUUAAGCAAUCCAUCUUGAAUAUGGACAUAUACUGUCCCCCAGAGAUGUCAGUAUUAUUAGCAUCAUAUGCAGUUCAAGCUAAAUUUGGUGAUUAUGACCCAAGCAGUUACCAGACCGGUGCACUCUCCAUGGAGGAGCUGCUGCCCCAGCGGGUCAUCAAUCAGUAUCAGAUGACGGCCGAGAUGUGGGAGGAGCGCAUCCGAAUUUGGUAUGCUGACCACCAAGGAAUGACGAGAGAUGAAGCUGAAAUGGAGUACCUCAAAAUUGCACAAGAUCUGGGCAUGUAUGGUGUCAACUACUUCAAUAUCACCAACAAAAAACAAACAGAACUAUGGCUUGGUGUAACUGCACUUGGGCUUAAUGUUUAUGAAAGUGAAAACAAGUUGGAACCAAAGAUCAGCUUCCCAUGGUCUGAAAUACGUAACAUUAGUGUUGAUGACAAGAAAUUCACUAUCCGUCCCACAGACAAGACUGCUCCUAAUUUUGUGUUUUUUUCCAAAAAUAGUCGUAUGAACAAACUUAUCUUAGACCUCAGUAUAGGUAAUCAUGAUUUGUUCAAAAGAAGAAGAAAACCUGACACAAUCGAGGUACAACAAAUGAAAGCUGCUGCCAGGGAAGAGAAGCUUCGCAGACAGAUUGAAAAGGACAAAUUAGCUCGUGAGAAACAGUUGAGAGAAGAAGUAGAAAGACAAAAGGCUGAGCUAGAGCAGCGAUUACUUCAGUACCAAGAGGAAAUGAGAGUGGCAAAUGAUGCACUACGAAGAUCUGAGGAGACAGCAGAGCUGCUUGUAGAGAAAUCUCGCAUUGCUGAGGAGGAAACAAUGCUUCUAACACAGAAAGCCUCAGAGGCAGAGCAGGAGUGCCAGCGCGCACACAUCAUUUCAGCUAAAACUCAAGAAGAAAAAAUGCUUAUGGAACACAAGGUGCGAGAGGCAGAAAUGCUGGUGUCAAAAUUGGUCGACGAAGGAGAGAGGAGAGCUACAGAAGCCGAUCGUCUUCAGCAUGAACUAAUCCGAGCCCGGAUUGCUGAAAAACAGGCAAAGGAAAAGCUAACUGGUUUUAUUCAAAGCUUUAAUGCUUCCAUUAGCCAUUCAGCAGCCAACUCGACAAUUCUUAAUGCAUCAUUACUGAAUGCAUCCCUUCUGAACUCCUCCACUCCCCAUCUUGCAACCACAUCACUCUCCCACGGUUUGGUUAUAGGCAGUAGCAAUGAUGUAGGUAUUGGAUCUACUGGGGACUUGCCUGAUCUGACGUUAGGCGGCAGCACCGAUGCACUGAGCUCAUCAUACGUUGGGCCGGAAUUAACAUCUUUAGACCUACUGAAUGACACAGAUGUGGAGCAGCUGAGCUUAGAAAUUGAAAAAGAGAGAGGAGAAUACCUGGAGAGGUCAAGACACCUGCAACAGCAACUGCGGCAUCUAAAAUCUGAAAUUGAAGUGUUGAAAGUGGAAGAAAAUCAAACAGUUUUGGAUGCUGUGUAUCAUGAGCAGCUACGGUCGGGAGAGACCAAAUAUUCCACUCUUCGUCGCACUCGCUCGGGCACCACCAGGACCAGAGUUGCAUUCUUUGAGGAACUCUAGGGGGUGCUUUGUGUUAUAUUGGUAUUUUUUAUAAAGAGAUAGAAACUGUACAAAAGAAGAUUGGAACAAAACUAGAAAGUUUAAUUGUCGUGAAUUGGAAUCCACGUACAGUACAGUAUGUAAAUUAAACAUUACAGGGUCUGUGUAUUGUACUGUAUAUGAUUGACUUUCAUGUUCCAAUCUACUGCAAAUAUUUUUAAAGACUAUUUCUAAAUGUUUUCAGAAUUAAACUCACAAGCUCAUUAUGUUUACUGAAUUGCAAACACUAUGUUAUUGUAAUAAAAUAGCAUUAUCUUUUAAGAUACGUAUUGUGAUUAGAAAAUUGGUCUGUCAACUGAGGUUAGCGUUCUUUUACUCAAUGACAUUUUCUCCUGCUGACUGCUUAUUUUUACCGUUUCCAUAAAGUUAUAUUAUGUGUGCAUAUAAUAAAUAUGGUACACAUUUGCUUUAUAAUUUAUAUAUAUAUAUAUAUAUAUUUAUAUAUAUAUAUAUAUAUAUA